UCCAAGGCAGAAUACAUGUUAAUAACAUGCGUGGACGUCAAACAGAUUCUGCCUUACCUGACAUUUGUUGAGUAUCCUCAGUCAUACAGAAAUAUUGCAAAUUCCAAAAGUGGACGAGAGGCAAUAAAAACUCUCAUCGAAGAUUUGCAGAAAAGCAAAGAACUAGGGAGAUGGACACAAUUUGUUGAGGCUCUUGAACGCUGUGGAUAUGAGUAUGUUAUUAAGUGUCUUAAAGGCCAACUUGUUAAGGAUAACUCAUGCCAAAAAGAGUUCUUGAAAAUAAUGAGUGUGGUCAUUAGAAAAUAUAUCACUCCAACGGAGCUUACACCUUUUCUAUGGGCUCAUGGAGUGAUAAAUGAUGAGGACAAGCAAAGAAUUGAAUGCCAGCAAACUGCGCAUGGAGAGAUUCAAGCGGCGGAUAUGUUGUUGGAAAUAAUUCCAACAAAGAUUGAAAACUGGUACAGACUUUUUGUAGAUUCACUGCUAGCUGCAAAAUUGACAGAUGUUGCAAAAUUAUUGGAUAUUCCUGAAAUAAUGGAUAUACCUACAGCCGGACAGAAAUCUUCACCUGGCAAAACCGAAUUGGCUUUAUCAAAGUCCGUUCCAGAAAACAGAUGUGCAAAUCCAGAAAAACCUAUACAAGCAUUGGAAAAUCUAUCCACAAUAGUGUACUUUCCGGAAGGUACAAACGACGAUGACGAAGUUUAUAAACAAGGAAGACUAUCCAACCUGCAACUAUUCGAAACAUAUGAGGAGCAAUAUGAAGAUACAAAUGAUUCAGUUAGACUUGAAACCUGGGAAAUACCAUCUUCACCAGAUCACACAACCACCGCUUUAAAACUACCAAGCCUCUCAGCAGAAACAGCAUUGCUAGAUGAAGACUUUACAUAUAGCGAAUCAUCGAAGAAAGUUCAAACAGAGAUAACUGAGCAGAACGAAGUAAACACUACUUUCACUAGACAAAAAAUGCCGACACAAGUUGAGACACGAAAGCCGGUCCGGAAUUCUUCAUCUGUACAAUUACUUAAAGAUAGUCCAAGUUUGAAAGACCUCGCUGAAGCUGAUUGCGGAAUUCUUUCAAUUGAGACGGAACGAUUUGAACGAGCAAAGGAACUUUUACAAAGAGAACUAGAGCAACUAGAGGAUAUAAAGAAAUUGAAACAGGACAUAACUGAAAUGGGAGCAAAGAAAGAUUCAGCUGUUUAUUUGUCUGACAUGGCAAUCGUGUAUGAGGAACCAAAAUCUGAAGAGGACUAG